AUGCCGUCGGGCUGGAAGGCGCGACAGAACUGCGACUGCCAGGCAGGAGUCAAGGAGGUCCAGUGCCCUGUGGCCCACUCCGUGCUGUGCUCGGCCCACCUUGGGAGCGUGCAGACCAUCUGGAUUGUCAACUACGAGGCGUGGGAGUUGAGCGUUCGCCCGCGCAGCCCGUCCAUGGUCGGGGCCCUGAUGGACAUCGUAGUCAACGUCCUGGAGCUCG